AUGAGAAUUGGUAACAAUGGUUUUCCAUUUGGAGGUGUAGGCUUGGGCGGUGGUGGUGACGCUGGUGGUGGUGGACUUAGCGGACUAGGUGGUGGUGGACUCGGUGGUUCUCAUGGACUUGGAGCAUUCGGUGGGUUAGGUGGUGGUGGACUUGGUGGAGUAGAUGGACUUGGUGGUUCUCAUAGACAGGAAGGAUUCCGCGGACAUGGUGGUGGUGGACUGGGUGGACACCACCAUGAUGUACUUGGUAGUUCUCAUGGACUGGAAGGAUUCAGCGGACUUGAUGGUGGCGGACGUGGAGUUUCUGGGGGCGAAAGAGUGUUAGCUAGUACUGAAAGAGUGUUAGCUAGUACUGGUACUAGUUUGUUUUGUUAUGAUUUGUUCUUCUUUCUAGUGUAA